AUGGUCUUCUCGGGCCUGCUCUCCUCCAGUAGCAGCGAUAGAUCGCCCGCCAGCAGCCGCACCAAGCCAAGGCCCGCGCCGCUGCCGUUGUCCUCGUCGUCCUCGUCGUCAGAGCAGCAGCAGCACCGGCGGCCGGAAUUCAUACACGACGAGGCCCAGCUGCCCUGCAUCCCGCCCGAGCGGCCCGACCUGCGCGACCUCAACAGCAGCCUCGAGGCCCUGGCCGCCGUUUUCCCCGAUGUCCAGAUCGAGGUCUUCCGUGAGCUGCUGUCCAGCUUCGACGGCGAGUCGCGCCUCGCCCUCGUCGCCGACGCACUGCUCAAGAACCGCGUUGCCUGGGUCAAGGGCAGGUGGAGGACCGUCGCCGACCGGGGCUCCGACCCUGCCACGCCCCUGUCCAGGACAGACGUCUUCCGCAGCCCAGAGUACAUCCGGGCCGUUCGCUCACUCGCUUGGCUAGAGUUCAGGGGCCUGUCGCGGUCCACCAUCAACGCCGUCCUUGCCGAGUCAAACCACGCCUACCUCGACGCCCGCCGCACCCUCGUCUCGCUCUCGUCAAAGUCCUGGCGCUUCACCAUCUCCUCUCUCUUCCUGCGACGGAAGCCCAUCGGCACCGGCGAGGCCGAAAACCACCCCCUCGUCGUCUGGCGCUCCACCGGCCACGGCUCCAUCUUCCCCGCCGUCCGCAGCACUGGCAGCGCCGAGCUCGACCGCGAGCUGUACGAUACCCUCGUGCGUCCCUUGAAAGAGAGGGACAGAGAGGAGAGGGAGGCGGCGGACCGCGGGCUCGCCGUGCGCCUCAACCACGAUGAGGCUGAGCGGGCGGGCGCAACCCACGAGUGCACAUGCUGCUUCGUCGGCGCCCCCUUUGAGGAGUUUACCAGCUGCAACCAGGCCGGCCACAUGAUUUGCGUCCGCUGCGUGCGGCACUCCAUCAAGGAGGCCCUCUUUGGCCAGGCAUGGCUCAGCAGCAUCAACACCGACACGGGCACCCUCAAGUGCCUGGCGGUCGAGGGCGACGGGUGCGCCGGCUACGUCCCGUCCGACCAUCUACACCGCGCCCUGAUGGAGGACAGGGAGGGCGCCGACAUGUUGCACAAGCUGGACCAGCGUCUGGCGGAACAAGGUCUCGUGGCGUCGGCGCUGCCCCUGAUCCACUGUCCCUUCUGCAGCUACAUCGAGGUCGACGACGUCUGCGUGCCGUUGAGCGGCAGGCGGCCCCGGCUGAGGGUCGACAACGCCUACGGACUCGUGCUGCUCGUCUGCUGCGCGGCAAUGCUCAUCCUCUCCUUCCCCGUCGCCCUGCUCUCCUCGCUUGCGUGCAUCCUCGUCAGCUCCAACCAGAGCCUGUGGCGCCGCCUCAGCAGCGAGUGGAACAAGGCGCUCAACCGACACUGCCGGCGGCGGCGGGGCCUGCGCUUCUCGUGCCAGAACCCGCGGUGCAAGCGCGUGUCGUGCCUGUCGUGCCACAAAUCGUGGGCCGAUAUCCAUGUGUGCAACGAGUCGUCGCUCGUGGCGCUGCGCACGCAGGUCGAGCAGGCCAUGAGCCUGGCCAUCAAGCGCGUGUGCCCGCGCUGCAACACGUCGUUUGUCAAGAACGCCGGCUGCAACAAGCUCACCUGCCCCUGCGGCUACAAGAUGUGCUACGUCUGCCGCGCCGACCUCGGCGACGAGGGCUACCGCCACUUCUGCGACCACUUCCGCCCGGACGGGGACCCCCGCCCCUGCCGCGACUGCGACCGCUGCAACCUCUGGGAGGCCGAGGACGUCGACCGCGUCCUCGACCAGGCCCGCUCAGAGGCCGAGCGCGCCUGGCGCGAGCGCGAGCACCGCGACCUCUCGGGCGCCGAAAAGGCCUACCUCGAGACGGGCGUGGCCCAGCAACGGGGCCGCGGCGAGCGCUUCCGGGGCCGCGGCGCCGGCGGGCUGACGUUUGCCGAUUUGCUGGACUUUGUUGUGGAUGCGCUGUAUGCCUGA